AUGGUUGGAGCAGGAGCAGAGAUAAGGGGUUCAGCCGGAAACCGACAUUGCUCCGUCUCGUGAUCUUGCCUGAGGGCCAGUCAAAGGGGACGGGGAGGGGGGUCAAAGCUCUUGUCUUUGGGGGUAGAAAGGGGCCUGGUCUUGCCUGCUGCCAGCCCGGGGUCUUCAGGACUGGCUUUCCCUCUGCCGUGGCAAAGUAGAGGAGGAAGAGUGUUUCUCAUGCCUUUCCUCUAAUGCAUUUCUCUGUCGGCGUGGGUUUGUGAUGCUCACGUAUGGCUCAUCUUUUCCAGGCCUUAGCAGAUGACACGGAAGAUGUGUCACUGGACUUUGGAAACGAAGAGGAGCUGGCGUUAAGCAAAGCAAAAGUCAGGUACCCAUUGGCCACCUUUUUCCAUCUCUUCUUCCGUGUGAGUGCCAUCAUGACCUACCUCUUCUGCGACUGGUUUAGCAAAAGCUUCAUCGCCUGCUUUCUCAUCAUUCUCCUCCUCCUCUCCUUCGACUUCUGGUCCGUGAAGAACGUCACCGGAAGACUGCUGGUCGGUUUGCGAUGGUGGAAUCAGAUUGACGAGGAUGGGAAGAGCCACUGGGUGUUUGAGGCAAAGAAGGGCCCGUCUACUGGAGCUUCCCCCACUGAAGUGGAAGCACGGAUCUUCUGGCUUGGGCUGAUCAUCUGUCCUGUUAUCUGGACCCUUUUCUUUUUUAGCACCUUGUUCUCUUUGAAGCUGAAAUGGCUGGCACUGGCAGUAACGGGCAUCUGUCUCCAAACAGCUAACCUUUACGGCUACAUCCACUGUAAACUAGGGGGAACCACGCAAACCAUCUGCAAAGUCACCACACGCUUUCCAACACAGGAGAUCUUUCAAACGGAACGAUCCGAGGAAUUUCAAAAAAAUGUCCUGAAGCAUCUAGGGACACCAAGCCCUUAAAACAGAGAUGUCUGGGAAGUCCCUGGAGGACGGUUUCUGCACUAAACCGAGACGGGCUGUCCUUCGCUUCAGAAGGGCCAACGCAGCAAAAGCCGCCGCCGCUUCCUCCUCGCUUCACAUCCCACAUGACGCUUUCUGGCAUUAUGGUCUGUUUCUAGGAAACCGUUCUAGCCUUUUCCUCUGCUGGAGCGUUUGGCAUUCUGAUACCGAAGUCCAGGAUCUGAUCCCUAACAGGAAUUUUGGCUUCUCAGGUUGCGAGGAAGGAAUGGAAACCUCUUCCCCUCCCGACAGCUUCAGAGGCAUUCCCCCGUAGCCUGUGCGCCCAACGGCUUUAGAUGCUCACUUGCAAAACGGGGGCCUCCAGCAGGCUUGGCACAAAAAUUCAGCCCGGCUCAGAUUUUGUUACAUGUCAUUUCAGCACUUGUGAGUGGCUUUCUAUGGCUCUCCAGCAGGGACUGUGUGUGCAUGUGCACAUACGCACUUUUUUUUAAUCCCCAGUACACUUGUGGGGGAUGUUGGGGGCGCCAGCCAGUCACCACUCUUGCAAAUCUCCCCCUGGGAAGCAGCAAGGGGCAUGACAGGAGGGCCUCUGCCCCCAGUCUGUGCCUUCUCCCUGCUCUCAGCAAGAACAUUUGGUCUGAGAAGCAGAUGGGGAAAUGAAACAGUGAGCCCUCUCCUUAUAACUAAACAGAAGAUGAGUUAUUUUUAUUUGUAUUCUUAAAAGAACUAACAUGUCACUACACGGUCUCUCUGGAGAACAGAACCCUGUCAGUAUCACCCUUCCAAAACCCCUGAAGAAUAAGAUUAAAACCAAAUCUAUAGAACUGACUUAAAGCAGUCCUAAAAUAGAAAAAAAAGAUGUAUGUGUUUCUCAAUAAAAGCAACCUCAGCCUCUGAA